AUGACUGAGUUAUCUUUCUCUAGCACUUCCGACAAGAAGAAUGAGUUCUCUGGAAAUCUCUUCUCUAUGUUCUUCCAUUUUUGCUUCUCCGUCUUUUCUCAUCCUUUGUACUUUUCCUACUUCAUCUUCUUCUCCCCUUACCUCCUCAAGCUCCUCUCUUUUCUCUCUCCUCUGUUCAUCACCACGACCCUUCUCCUUGUUGCUCUUCUCACUUUCACUCCCAACAACCUUGUUCAGGAAAAGUGUGGUUCAAGUUCUGAGCUUUCUGACUCCAAAUGGGGCAUUCUGCUUUCAGUUUCGCAAUCUUUUCUAGCAUGGUUGCACUCCAAAGCUGAUGAGAUAGAUGAAGAAAUGGGGUUCCUUGGUGAGGUUGAAGCGUAUCUUGUUAUGUUCCAAGCAUCAAUUUUUGAAGUUUUUGAGCCAAAGUCAGGGGAAGACUCUUCAGGAAGCUUUGAAGCAGUUGAUGCUGAGUGUUCAGGUGAAGUAAGAGAAGAAGAUUUUUGUCCAGUGGAAAAGACAUGUGUUAACUUGGACGAAAACCCAGUUGAGGAAGUUGAUGAAGUUGAAGCCAUUAAGCCUAUUGCAGAAGUUAAGAGCCUAGAAAGCUUGUUCCAAGAAAAUGAAGUGUUGGAAGAUAAUCAAGAUAUGUCUUUUCAAAAGGAAGACAAAGAAGUCAAGCCACUGAUUGAUGAGUUCAAUAAAGUUGAAGAAAGUAAAGACAAAUGGCCCUUGAGAAGUGGAUCCAAAAUGAUGGGUAAUAGAGACACAUACACUAGUAAAGUGAAUAGUAAUAGUAGUGAUGGAGAAUUUCCAUUUGCUUCAACUGGGAGGGUGAAGUCCUUAUCCCAAAGACUAGAAGCAAAUCUUGGGAGUCCAGAAAGCAAUUGGGUGUACAGUGGAAAAGGUACGGGAAAUAAUCUUGGGAGUUUUGGUUCAAUGAGAGUGGAAAAAGAGUGGAGGAGGACCUUGGCUUGCAAGCUUUUUGAGGAAAGGCAUAAUGCAGAUGGGAGUGAAGGAAUGGACAUGCUUUGGGAAACAUACGAGGCAGAGUCCAACAAGGUUCUUCAGAAGAGCAACACCAAGAAGGGUAAGAAAAGUGAAGUUGAGUAUAGUGAGGAUGAGGAAGAGGAGGAAGAAGAGGAUAUGGAGGGUAAGUUGUGCUGUUUACAGGCUUUGAAAUUCUCUACAGGGAAGAUGAAUUUAGGAAUGGGGAGACCCAACCUUCUCAAAUUCUCCAAGGCCCUCAAAGGCAUUGGAUGGUUGCACCAUGUUGGCAAGCAUGGCAGAAAGAGUAGCCAUUCAAAUUAG